AUGCCGCAAAAGGAUCCGUGCCAGAAACCAGCCUGUGAGAUAAAGAAAUGUUUACAAGCCAACAACGACAUGGAAUCAAAGUGUCAGGCUGUCAUUUGAGAACUGCGUAAGUGUUGUGCUCGAUAUCCCAAGGAAAGAGCUGUGUGUGGUCUGUUCGGGAUUUAAGAAGAGGAAGAAAACCUCACAUGGAAAUCUACAUCAAAGUUCUACUGAGAAGUUCAACACUGCUUCAUGUUUCCAGGGAGCAAGUUUUAUUUAUCCUACUUUCCUGAGGCCAGGUAGCAACAAAUAGCAAAUGAAAAAGUCAACUCUAGGAGAGCAGAGAUAAAUGUAUUAAAACACAGCUAUGUAUGGUAUAAUAAAACUAAGCUGCUA